UUUUCCUUUUUGAGGGUCUGCGUGACGUCAUUCCGCGUGUGUCGUCAUGCUGGUUACGUCACCUCGAGUUCAGUGUAAUGAAUAAAGUGUGCUCGCACUCUGAUGUUGAUCAUGAUCGUGACUGUGAUGUUUUACGCGCUGUAUCCGCUCACGAGAUUCAUCAGCCGUGUCUCAGAGUUGUGGCAGCAGGCAGCGUGUGUGUACAUUAAUGGCAAAGUGUGUGAUGCUGGCGGAGCUCCAUACAGACCACUUACAGAGCAGCAGUGGAACAGCACACAAAACACUGCUGUCAUUCCCAAUCCAGAGCGCACAGAGAGCGGGAACACACAGGGAGUGGUGCAGGAGGAGGCUGUCUUGGAUGGCAGUGAGGUGUUAGAUGAACUGGAGUGGAGACCACAGGAGGAGCUGAUACAUGAAGACACACUAGAAUCACUCUGUUAUGAUCAUGAGUUCAAACCUUAUGUAACACCUGUACAGGAAGAGGAGAACGCCGGUGUGGUCGGACAGAGAGAGGACGAGUGUCACCAGUCAGAGCAGACAGAAAGCCUGGACAACAACGGAUUGCCUUUGGUGAUACAAGAAGUAGAGCUUGCAGCAUCUGUGGUCAGGUGUCUAGAAGAAUCCAGCCAAGAUUGCGCUCAGGUGAUAAAUGAGUUUGAAAGUCACUCAAAAUCUGAAGACAUGUUCGCCGGCUUCAAUGAAGAUGCUUACACCAGCCCUCUUGACGUCUGCGCUGAUGUAAGCAACCUCUCUCUGGAUCCAACAGCUGAUGAUCAUUCAAAUGUUGAAGCGAGUGAUUCAUGUGUUGAAACAGGCUCCACUGAAUAUGAUGAUGGUGAAAAGGAUUCAUCUGUGCCUGAACGAGACACGCAUCCCAGCGCAUGUUCCUUUGAUGUUUUGCUCGGGUUUGAUUGUGACGCAGGAAAUGCAGCUUCAUUCUCAAACAGCAGUCCUGUGUUCCAUUUGGCGGCUUUCCUUGCAGAUGCUGAGCAUGUACAGAUGCCCGUGGAGCCCGUCGGGUGGCAUUUUCCAGUGGGCGCUGGGCUGUCACAGAUGUGUUACUGCCCUUAUGUGCAGUUUCCUGGUGUCAGUUACUAUCCUGCAUUUCAAGACAAUAACAAUAUUGAAGUGAUGUGGAGAGUAUGGGAGGACCUUAGUAAAACCCACGCUGACGCCUGUGCAGAUCCUGCUUCUGUGUUUGAGUUCAGUGUGAUGUCUUACAACGUCCUGUCUCAGGAUCUGCUGGAGAUGAACAGAGAGCUGUACACACACUGCACAGAGGACGUGUUAGUGUGGGAAAACCGCCUCCAGACCAUACUGGAGGAGCUGAAGACCUGGGAGCCUGAUGUUAUUUGUCUUCAAGAAGUUCAAGAAAAUCAUUUCCUUGAGCAGAUGUUUCCUGUCCUGACUCAAAUGGGUUACACCUGCAUCUACAAACGACGCACAGGCACUAAAACCGACGGCUGUGCAGUGUGUUACCACGGUGACCGCUUCACCCAGCUGUCUGUCAAUUUGCUUGAAUUUCACCGAUCUGACUGCGAGCUGCUUGAUCGUGACAACGUGGCCAUUGUGCUGCUUCUUCAGCCAAUCACAGAGCAGGAUGCAGCGCUCCGCCCCAUAUGUGUGGCCAACACACACCUGCUGUUUAACCCCCGGAGAGGCGAUGUGAAGCUUGCACAGCUGGCCAUCCUAUUUGCUGAAAUUGACAUGAUGAUGAAGCAGUGUAAGAGUGAAGGACGAAGCUGUGAGGUGAUUUUAUGUGGAGAUUUGAACUGUUUACCCAACACACCUCUGUGGCAGUUCAUCACCACUGGACAGCUCUACUAUCACGGCUUACCUGCCUGGAUGGUUUCUGGUCAGAUUGAUUUGUCUAAUAAAUUCCAUCACAGAAGACUUUUCGCCCCCUUGUGGCCGGUCAGCCUCGGCAUCAAUGAGAACUGUCAGUACAGGACUCAGUCUGACACACAGGUCAAAGGGUCAGGAUCUUUACUAGAACAUCACACAGAUAGAGGUAAACUGCAGUACAGUCAUGAUUUUCUCCGUCAGUUGCGUUACUGUCAGAUGGCGUGUGUGCGGCCUCCAGACCUGGAGUUCAUACCUGGAGUCACUGACAAUACACCAGACGUUGAAGAAAUCCAGAUGUUCAGUCCAAAGUUCAGACACAGUUUAUAUCACUCUCUGCGUCUGACGUCAGCAUACAGUCACAUCCACCCCGACACUCAGAGCAGUGCUGUGACGACUCUGAACUCAGAGGGUGGAGCCAUGGUCGACUACAUCUUUUACUCCACACAGACAAACUACUGUGGUGGAUGUACAGAGUCUGAUGGCGGUUUGAAGCUGAUUGGUCGUUUGUCUUUGUUGCCUGAGUCAGAACUCUGGUCACUGAAAGGACUUCCAAACGAAACGUUUCCCUCUGAUCACCUCAGUCUGCUGGUCCGAUUUCAGUUCUGUUGAGUUUUUCAUGGUAGAAAACACUCAUUUUACAGAUAUCUUCCUUUAGAACUGAGAUUUGCUGCAUUAUUCAGGGUUAAGAUUGUUUUUCAUUUUAACUAUUGAUGCAUUUAUUAGAUAAAGACAUUUCUGGUCAGAUGAAUAUUUUGUUUUAGGUUUAAUCAUAAAAAAGGUGUUUGACACUGAGUGAACUGUGAAGUUGACUUGAGUGGAGCCAAAAUAAUCUGCAGUAUGUCGUUUAAUUCAGGGAAAUAAGCUACAUUGUUUUUGGUUGACAGAAGUUGUAUUAAAAUGCAAUUAUAUGUAUUGAUGAUGCACCUAAUUUUUGUUUUCAAUAUUUGUGUUUUGGUUAAGAAUUUUUAUUUGGAAUGGAGCAAAAUAACUGAUUUGUUGUUGCUUUGCUAAUUGAACGUUUUGCCCGAGUAUUAAAAAAAUAGAAAUAAAGAUGCCAGUA